CCCACCCUUCCAGUCGGCCCGGCGGGGACUGCACGCUAGGCGGACGGGGCCGUGGGACCGUCACACCCUUCCCAGAAAUUCUUGGUGGUAACCGCGAAGAAGAGAGCAAGAGCUGGAGCUGGAGAAAACCACUCUGCUCUGACUUGACUCCAGCUGGGAGCCGAUGCUGCAUGGCUCUGGGAUGACUGGUCUGAGAUUCCUGCAGACCUGAGCCAUGGCCUUAUGACCAAGUAAAUAGCACUCCUGUGCCUGAAACCCAGAAUUUUGGCUGACCACACUGAAGCAGGAUGCUCCAGCAGGUAAAUGGCCAUAGUUGCGGCUCUGAUGCCCAAAGUCCAGCAUCCCUCAGAGAAGACCUUCAGGAGUUCCUGGGUGGGGAGGCCCCGCUACACCAGCUGGAUGACCUCACCAAGGUGAAUCCUGUGACACUGGAGACAGUCCUGAGGUGUCUGCAGGCCCGGUACAUGGCAGACCUGUUCUACACCAAUGCUGGCUGUACCCUGGUAGCUCUAAACCCCUUUAAGCCCAUCCCUCAGCUAUACACACCAGAGCUGAUGAGAGAUUACCAUGCUGCACUUCAACCCCAGAAGUUGAAGCCCCACAUCUUCACUGUAGGUGAACAGACCUACAGGAAUGUCAAGAGCCUAAUUGAGCCAGUGAACCAGUCCAUUGUCGUCAGUGGAGAGAGUGGUGCUGGAAAGACAUGGACAUCCCGCUGCCUGAUGAAGUUCUACGCUGUGGUGGCCACCUCACCCACUUCUGGGGAGAACUACAAGAUUGCAGAGAGGAUCGAACAGCGGAUCCUGAACUCCAACCCUGUCAUGGAAGCUUUUGGGAAUGCAUGUACGCUGAGGAAUAACAACAGCAGUCGCUUUGGGAAGUUCAUCCAGCUUCAGCUGAACAGGGCCCAGCAGAUGACAGGAGCUGCAGUACAGACCUACCUCCUGGAGAAAACUCGUGUGGCCUGCCAAGCCUCCAGUGAGAGGAACUUCCACAUCUUCUACCAGAUUUGCAAAGGAGCCAGUGAAGAGGAGAGGCUCCAAUGGCACCUCCCUGAGGGAGCCACCUUCUCCUGGCUGCCCAAUCCGGAGAGGACCUUGGAAGAGGAUUGUUUUGAAGUGACCAGAGAGGCCAUGCUCCAUUUGGGCAUUGACACCCCCUCCCAGAACAACAUCUUUAAGGUCCUAGCUGGGCUGCUGCAUCUUGGCAAUAUCUGGUUUGCUGACUCUGAGGAUGAAGCCCAACCCUGCCAACUAAUGGAUGAUGCCAAGUGCUCUGUCAGGACAUCAGCCUCGCUGCUGCAGCUCCCAGUUGACCUGCUGCUGGAAACACUGCGGAUUAGAACCAUCAGGGCAGGAAAGCAACAGCAGCAAGUAUUCCGGAAGCCCUGUUCCCGAGCUGAGUGUGACACACGAAGAGACUGUUUGGCCAAACUGGUCUAUGCACGGCUGUUCGACUGGCUGGUGUCAGUGAUCAACAGUAGCAUCUGUGCAGACCCGAACUCAUGGACUGCUUUCAUAGGCCUGCUGGAUGUAUAUGGAUUUGAGUCAUUUCCUGACAACAGUCUGGAACAGCUGUGCAUCAACUAUGCCAAUGAAAAGCUGCAACAGCACUUUGUGGCUCACUAUCUAAGGGCACAGCAGGAGGAAUAUGCAGUUGAGGGCCUGGAGUGGUCAUUUGUCAACUACCAAGACAACCAGACCUGUUUGAAUCUCAUCGAGGGGAGCCCCGUCAGCAUCUGCUCCCUCAUAAAUGAGGAGUGCCGCCUCAAUCGGCCGAGCAGUGCAGCCCAGCUCCAGACACGCAUCGAAAGUGCCCUGGCAGGUAGCCCCUGCCUGGGCCACAGUAAACUCAGCCGGGAGCCCAGCUUCAUCGUCGUGCAUUUUGCAGGACCUGUGCAGUACCACACAGCAGGCCUGGUGGAGAAGAACAAGGACCCUGUUCCCCUUGAGCUGACUGAGCUCCUGCAGCAAUCCCAAGACCCCCUGCUCAUUGCACUGUUUCCUACUAACCCCAAAGAGAAGACCCAGGAGGAGCCCUCUAUCCAGGGCAGGGCCCCUGUGUUGACCGUGGUGUCCAAGUUUAAGGCCUCACUGGAACAGCUCCUGCAGGUCCUACACAGCACCACGCCUCACUACAUUCGCUGCAUCAAGCCCAACAGCCAGAGCCAGCCACAGACCUUUAUCCAGGAGGAGGUCCUGAGCCAGCUUGAGGCCUGUGGCCUUGUGGAGACCAUUCACAUCAGUGCUGCUGGCUUCCCCAUCCGGGUCUCUCACCAGAACUUUGUGGAGCGAUAUGCGUUACUAAGAAGGCUCCAUCCUCGAACAUCCUCUGGCCUCCACAGCCCAUAUCCUACCAAAGGGCCCGCUGAACAGCCUCCACAUACUGAGGAGGCCAUGCUGCAACCUCUCCUUCAGGACAUUCUCCAUACUUUGCCAACUUUAACUCAGACAGCAGACACAUCUGAUGCCCCAGCUGAGACCACACCAGUCCCAUUGCACUGCGGCAGGACCAAGGUGUUCAUGACUGACUCCAUGCUAGAACUUCUGGAGUGUGGGCGUACACAGGUGCUGGAGCAGUGUGCCCGCUGCAUCCAGUUUGGCUGGAGGCAACACAAGCACCGAAAGCAGGAGAGGCAGAGGCAGGCCGCCACACUUCUUCAGGCAGCCAUUCGUUCCUGGUUAACUCGGAAACACAUCCAGAGGCUGCACACAGCUGCCACAGUCAUCAAGAGUGCAUGGCAGAAGUGGAGAAUCAGAAUGGCCUUCCUUGCUUCUAAAGAACUGGACGGUGUGGAAGAAAAAGCUGUGAUUCAAACUCCUGGCUCCUUGAGCUCCCCAGUGCAAACCAGAUUCCUGAGGGCUGUAAUCCACCUCUGGCCCUUGGGACUGGUGCUAGCCAACUCUGCUGUGGGUAUUCGAGGCUUUCAGAGGAAACUGGUGGUCUGCGCCUGCCUCCAGCUUCGCUCAGGUAGCUACAAUGUCCAGACAGCGCAACAAGACCAGGCUGGUGUCACGUCUAUCCGAGCACUGCCUCAGGGCUCGGUAAAGUUUCAUUGCAGAAGGUCUCCACUUCGAUAUGCUGAUACCUGCCCUGAACCUUCACCCAAUACUGUUACUGGCUUUAAUCAGAUUCUGCUAGAAAGGCACAGGCCAGUCCACGUGUGACCUCUUGUCACCCUCUGCUCCCACCUGGCUGAGAGAUCUUUGAUGCCUUUGUUUCUACAAGGCCUUUUCCUGCCAGCUGCCUUGCCAAAGACAUUUAAUUAACUCACAGCUGCCAAACUAGUCCCACAGCAACUCUAAGCCUACAUGCCAGCAACAACUCUAGUCUGCAACCAGGGCUGCACAGCCAGUGUACCAGCCAGCCACAGCUCAAGCACUGGCAAGGUUAUCAGGGUUGGUAGUUACCAAACCAGGAUUAGGAGGGCCAGACUUUCUUAUUUCACUACCUUCUUGGAUCUAACUUGAGUGUUAUCUGUCACUACAGUGGGGACCCCAGUCACCCACAAGCACUUUAAAAGAAAAUGGACUAAGUCAACCUAAAAUUGAUGCUAAAAUUUUGUCUGGGGAAAACGUGGUGUUUAUUUCCUUUA